CGGCAAUUAAUUAUGUUAAUGAAUCCCCGGGAGACCAAUCAGAACACGUGUUGUCCCUGCAUGUUGAUUGUCGAUCAUGAAUAUGAAAUGAGGCAGGUUCCGAACUCUGAGGUGAAAUUUCGGCUGUUCGACAGCGUGACAGCUUCGGGCUUGUUGUGGAGUUUUUAUUAAAUCAGCAUUAAAUUGAUUUAAUUUAUUUUUUUUAAAAAUGCACCGGAAGAGUCCGCAGGUCCCAGAGCCGGAGGGGGAGUCCCCGGUUCUAUCCGCCUUCCCGGUGGUUUUGAAGAAUCUGAUCGAGAACCCGCCGCAAAAGCUGCUGGAGACGGACGGAAAGGACGAGGACAAAGAGAAGAAUGUGGAUGAAGCAGCCAGCAGCACCACAGCAGCAUCUGCCUCCCUCAUGCCAACCAUCUGGGAUAAGACUAUUCCCUAUGAUGGCGAGACCUUCCACCUCGAAUACAUGGAUCUGGAUGAAUUCCUGUUGGAAAAUGGCAUUCCAGAUAGCUCGAGCCAGUUCGAGCUACAUGAAGAAUUGCAAGAUGGCCUCUUGCCAGUGGUGGAGCUGGAAGAGAAGGCAUUGUCUCCUGCUCUGCCAUCUCCUGUUUCCAGAAGCGUGACGUAUUCUGAAAUGGACAGUGAUGAAGCGGAUGAGAGGAAGUCUGAACGGACCACUCCAAACUCUGUUGACUCGGAGGCGGUUGAUAUUCUGGUGAACUUUGAACCAGACCCUACUGACCUGGCAUUGUCCAGCGUUCCUGGGGGAGAGCUCUUCAAUCCUCGGAAGCACAAGUUCAGUGAUGAAGAGCUCAAACCACAGCCCAUGAUUAAAAAAGCAAAAAAGGUCUACGUUCCAGAUGAGCAAAAGGACGAUCGAUACUGGGCAAGGCGUAAGAAGAAUAACGUGGCAGCAAAGCGUUCUCGAGAUGCCCGGAGACUGAAGGAGAAUCAGAUCACAGUGCGAGCAGCCUUCCUGGAGAAGGAAAACUCUGCCCUGAGGCUGGAGGUGGUUGAACUGCGCAAGGAGGUGGCACGGUACAAAAGCAUCAUUUCCAAAUACCGAGCCCUGUAAGAGAUCUUCAGCUCUUGGGAGUCUGAGGGGGAGUGUGAUUGUAAAAAAAAAAAUAUUCUCCCUAAAGGGACCAUUACUU